AUGGUGAUAGCUCUCGAGCCAUGUUCAGUUGAGCUAUUAUGGAUAUUAAUAUUUGGUUUCCUUGUUGCAUUUGUAUUAGCAUUUGGUAUCGGAGCAAAUGAUGUAGCUAACUCAUUUGGUACAAGUGUUGGAAGUAAAGUUCUAACAUUAAAACAAGCAUGUAUUCUUGCAACAAUAUUUGAAAUACUUGGAUCAAUCUUAAUUGGUGCGAAAGUAUCUGAUACGAUAAGGAAAGGUAUUAUAGAUCCAACUUCAUUUGAAAAUCCUAAAGAAUUAAUGCUUGGACAACUUUCAUCAUUAAUUGGUUGUUGUAUUUGGUUAUUAGUUGCAACAUUUUUUAAUUUACCUGUAUCAGGUACACAUAGUAUUGUAGGUGGUACAAUUGGUUUUGCUCUUAUAUCUCAAGGUUCACGAAGAGCUUCAUGGUUUGUUUCACCUGUAUUAGCUGGUGUUAUAUCAAUAGUUGUUUUUAUACUUAUUCGAAAAUUUAUUCUUGAACAAAGUAAUCAAAUGAAUGUUGCUCUUCGUUGGUUACCGGUGUUUUAUGGUGUUACAAUUAUGAUUAAUGUCUUUUCAAUAAUUCAUUCAGCACCACCAAUUUUAUAUUUUGAUCGUAUUCGAUUAUGGGGAAAUUUUAUAAUAACAAUUAGUACUGGUCUUAUUAUUGGUCUUACUGUUUUGAUAGUUGUUAAACCACGUUUAAAAAAAAGCAUUGAAGCAACAUUAAGAAAAAAACGUGGACCAGAAAGUACAGAGGAAAAACCACAGUUAACUAAAACUGAUGGUCGAUUUGAAACAUAUACAGUAAGUCGUCUUGAAAAUGUUAAUACAAGUGAUAAAGAAACUCAAAUUGAUCAUAUAUCUAUGCUGAAAGAAUAUGAUUUAAUACGUUAUCAACAACAACAUCCUGAUCAAUUUCGUCCUUAUGUUGAAAUGCAACGCAUACGAAAAGAUUCUGAAACAUCAACUUCUGUAUAUAGUGCAGCCGGACGUGCACGUCGAGAAAGUGAUCGUCUUCGUACUGAACUUGUAUCAGAUAAUGCUAAUGUAAUGGCACAUAGAAAUGUUACUAAUCCAAUAGUUAUUCGUGAAAAAACAAAAAUUUAUCGUUUACCACAAUAUCCAAAUUCACCUAGUAUUCCAGGUUCAGCACUUAAUGAAAAUAAAAGUUUAUUAUUUGCUUCUGAUGAUGAUAAUGUUUCAACAACAUCAGUAAAUCAUAUGAGUUCAAAUGAAGAUUUAGAUGAAGUAGAAGAUAAAAUGCCAGAAAUACCACCAAAAAAAAAAAAAGUUGAUACAACGAAUGAUUCAUUAGAAAUUGCUACUAUUUUUAAAUAUUUACAAAUUCUUACAGCUAUAUUCGGUGCAUUUGCUCAUGGUGGAAAUGAUGUCAGUAAUGCAAUUGGUCCAUUGAUUGGUCUUUGGUUAAUCUAUCUCGAAGGUACUGUUAUUGCACGAUCAGCAACACCACUUUGGGUACUUUUCUAUGGUGGUCUUGGAAUAUCAGUUGGUCUUUGGGUUUGGGGUCGUCGUGUUAUUCGAACAAUUGGUGAAGAUUUAACAAAAAUUACACCAUCAAGUGGUUUUGUCAUUGAAAUUUCAACUGCAUUUACAGUACUUGUUGCAUCGAAUUUAUCAAUUCCAAUAAGUACAACUCAUUGUAAAGUUGGUAGUGUUGUAGCUAUUGGUCGUGUUCGUUCAAAACAAAGUGUUGAUUGGUCUUUAUUUCGAAAUAUUAUUGUUGCAUGGAUUGUCACAGUUCCUGUGACUGGUGGAAUUGCAGCUGGUGUUAUGGCUCUUCUUCGUUUUUCCUUUCUAUAG